AUGGAUAACAACGUGACCGUCAAUCAAGGGGCUACAAGGCGCACACACACUUAUACUUUCCAUCGUGAGGGUAUGGUUCAAUUGGGGCAAUUGGGUGAAUUGGUCACUGGUCAUAAUGAAACAGUGUUCAGUGACAACUAUGGCAACAUAUUAUCUCUUCUGUACUCGCGUGUCGACGAAUGGGCCUUAUCUACUCUUCUUCAGUUCUACGACCCAGAUAUCCGUUGUUUCACAUUUUCAGAUUAUCAGCUAGCUCCCACUCUCGAAGAGUACUCUUGCCUCCUCAACAUCAAGAUUCAACACAGAGUGCCUUUUGUUUGUGUCCCAGAGAAACCUAGGUUGGAUUACAUUGCCAACGCUCUUUAUUUGAGCUUGGGAGAUGUUCAUGAUAACUGGAAGGAGAAGGGUGAUACACAUGGCUUCUACAUGAGUUUCCUGGUUGAAAAAGCUCAAGAAUUUGCCGACAAAGGGAUAUGGGAGGCUUUCAAUGCUAUUUUGGCCGCUCUAAUCUACGGAAUUGUGAUGUUUCCCAACAUUCACAAGUUCGUGGACUUGGCUGCUAUAUGUCUUUUUAUGGACAAGAAUCCAAUACCCACCCUAUUGGCUGACACGUAUUAUUCUAUUCACUCUCGGCAUGGUAAAAGGGGGGCUAUUCGAGGUUGCUUGCCGCUGUUAUAUAAAUGGUUCAAAUCUCACUUGCCUGCUAGUGGUCCGUUUGUUACCUCUACUCAGAAAUGGUCUCAGAGAAUCAUGGGACUUACUGCAAACGACAUCGUAUGGUAUCAAUUCCGAACAGGUAUAUCUGAAGUCAUUAUCAGGUGCGGAAACUUUGGUAACGUCCCGCUCAUUGGGACAAGAGGAUGUAUUAACUACAACCCAGUUCUAGCUCUUCGUCAGUUGGGCUAUACCAUGAAGAGUGGGCCUUCGGAUAGGGAGAUUUACCAAUCCGUAUACUUUGAGAGGGGAGCUGACCCUAUAGCGCUUGAGGAAAUCAGGAAGGCCUGGAAUAACAUUCAUAUAGGUGAGAGAUCCACUCUGGGAGCCAAGAAUGCCAUUGCUAUGGAACCCUAUACCGAUUGGGUUAAGAAGAGAGUCAAGACACUUUUGUUACCAUUCCCGGAAGUUCCUCUCUUGUAUGCACAACCUCCGAAGAUAUCAGAAACUAUGGUAUCAAGAGAACGUUUUGACCAGGUCCGCGUCGCCAAUUUGAGACUGAAAGAGAAAGAUAGGGAUAUGGAUUUGAAGCGCUACUUCCUUAAACAGACAAAGAAUGAACUGGCCCGUGAACUUAAAACUCUCAAAGGGGAGUCUUCUCAAGCCAGGAAGAGAGUUAGAACUGAAAAGGACGGAAAAGCUGUUGUUGCUCCUACUGAAGACCCUCAAAAGGUUAUAGAAAAGGCUAUAAAGGAAGAAAAAGAGAAGCUCAGACGAGAGUAUCAAGAAGACCUGAAAGCCCACAAGCUCCGACUGGAGAAAGAAACCAAGUAUGAGUUGAGGACCAUGAAGAAGAAACUGGAAGAAGAGACCACUCAGAGAAUAGCCCUUGAGACCCAACUGAAAGGAAGUCAUCUCCGCACCGCCCGACUAGCUGAAGAGAAUGUCAAGCUCAGAGACCAAAUGAUGAGUGAAGCAAAUGCACUUGAGAAGACCUAUAUCCCAGAAUGCAAAGGGUGUGACGAACUUAGGGAUUGCUGCAAGAAUCUAGACACACAGUUAUUCCGAAAGGAUGAAGUGAUCCAAAGCCUUGUCAAAGGAAGAGAUCGGGAGGCGACUAAGAAGCUAUUUGACGAAACAAAGAAGUGGAGUGAUGCCCAUUUCAGACAAGGAGGGCCUUUGUUCUACAUUGAGAUGAAUUGA